AUGCCCAUCCCACCAAACGCUACUGCAUUGGAACCACCCCCCGUCACCAGUAACAUCAGAACACAGAUCCUCACAGAAAUUCAGAUUGCUGGCACCAGAGGCGGACCCAUUCCCAACCCCAGUACCUCACUUUUCAGAACUGAUGUUCCCAUAAACCACCCACUGAAACCCCUGCUGGACGCCUCUCUUAAUUCCAUUAUCCAAGCCGUUUCCCCCAGAACCCUCCAAUCCUACCUAACCGCUUGGAAAUGUUUUAAGUCUUUCCACUCCACAUACAACCUGCCAUUUCCUGAUUUUUCUCUGCUCACCAUCACUUCAUUCAUAUCCUAUCUCAACAGGAUUAAGAACCUCCAAGCCAGCUCCAUCAAGGGUUAUCUAAGCGGAAUUCAGUUUUUUCACAAACUCAUUUUUGGUUCACCCUCAUCAGAAAUAGCCAAUUCACAGACAUCUAUGUUGAUUAAAGGCAUCCAAAAAACCCAACCCACCCGCCCAGACCCCAGACAACCAAUAACACUAGACAUACUCACCAGAUGUAUCACCAUUCUCCGCCGAGGCUACCACUCUAUCAAUACUGCCCGCACACUGGAUGCAAUGUUCAUAUUGGCUUUCUUCUGGUUUCUAAGAUGCUCAGAGCUCACUAUCACAUCCAACUUCAAUCCAAAGGUCCACCCAACAAUUUCAGAUUUAUCAGUGCUAGAUGAUGACACCAUUUCUUAUUUCAUCAAACAAAGUAAGACAGAUCAAACAAGGAAAGGCCAUUUUAUCUACAUUUUCAAUCUCUCAUCACCAAUCCAGCCAUACCAAUCCCUUUUAGCUUACCUCCAUUUCAGGAGAUCGCAGGCCAAAUUCCCAUCUGACCCACUCUUCACAGACGACUCCAACCACCCCAUCACACGUUUCUGGUUCCAGAAACACCUCAAGUCCAUAUUGAUUCAAUCUGGCAUCCCAGCAGACAACUAUUCUAGCCAUUCGUUUCGCAUAGGUGCAGCAACCACAGCUGCUCAAAAAGGCCUCUCCCAACACCAGAUUCAAGCACUAGGUCUCUGGUCGUCAAAAGCCUACAAGAGCUACAUCCGUUCCAAUCGCUUCCACAUCAAAGAAGCUCAACAAACCCUCAUCAGCUAAAGCCAAAACCUACAGGCUCAACGCAUCCUCUCCAAUUAACAUCACCAAUCCACUAAACAACGGAAGCAAUUCUACCUCCUCUGCCGCAUCAGCAUCUCCCCAGUAGCCCACCUCAUUCUUUCACUGCAGCAGUGCUAUUCUCCUCUGCUCCCUCAGGAGCUCAGUUCUCCGUCCAAACUCACCCUAAGGACAGUUGAAAGCAAGUCGAAAAGCAAGUUUGCUCCACUGCCGCAGCAGUGUCAUCUAUUCCGCUCUCGCAGGAGCUCAGCUCACCGUCCAACUUACUCAUUGGUUAGUUGAAAGCAAGUUGAAAAGUCUGAUCCACUGCCGCACCGG